GAGCGGGGAAAAGUUUUGAAGUUUGAAGUUUUUCGUAUCUGCGAGUGAACUUGAUUAUUUUGUUUACGUACGUGCAAUAAGCCGACCGCAAUAAAAUGAAAAUUCGGACUAAUAAUUUUUCAUCUUUAUAUCGUAUUUUUGAAUGCGAUCUAAGAACAAUAAAAUCGUGUUUCCGGGCUAUUACUGUACCCGAUAGAUUGUACAGUGAUGACAGCCGUGUGGAGGCGGCGGCCUCAUUAAGCGACCUACAUGGUCGUCGACACAACUACCUGCGAAUAUCUCUCACUGAGCGAUGCAACCUGCGAUGCAAGUACUGCAUGCCGGCGGAAGGCGUGCCCCUGUCCAGUCGCAGCUCGCUGCUGUCAGUGGAGGAGCUGCGGGUGAUAGUGGGCGCGCUGGCGGCCGCCGGCGUGGACAAGCUGCGGCUCACCGGCGGGGAGCCGACGCUCAGGAGCGAUCUCGCCGAUAUCAUACAGUCGCUGAAGGCCAUCGACGGCAUCCGCUCGGUGUCCAUGACGACCAACGGGCUGGUGCUGGCGCGGCGCCUGGCCUCGCUGCAGCGCGCCGGCCUGGACGCCGUCAACGUGUCGCUGGACACGCUGCGCCCGGACCGCUACGAGGACAUGGCCAGGAGGCGGGGCCUGGCGCGCGUGCUGGCCGGCCUGGACCUCGCGCUGCAGCUCGGCUACUCGCCAGUCAAGAUCAACACCGUGCUCAUGAGAGGUUUCAACGAUGACGAGAUCGGUGACUUCAUAGAGAUGACCCGCGAGCGCGACCUCGAGGUCAGGUUCAUAGAAUUCAUGCCAUUUGCCGGCAACGAGUGGAAGUCGGGCCGCCUCGUGCCGCACCGCGAGGUCCUGCGGGCCGCCCUCGCCGCGCACCCCGGCCUGCGCCCCCUGCCCCCGCGCCCCAACGACACCGCCACGCUGUGGAAGGUGGGCGGGUACGCGGGCACCGUGGGGUUCAUCUCGUCCAUGACGCAGCACUUCUGCGCGACCUGCAACCGACUGCGCCUCACCGCCGACGGGAACCUCAAGGUGUGCCUGUUCGGGGCCGCGGAGGUGUCGCUGCGGGACGCGGUGCGGGGGGGCGCGGGCCCGGCGCGGCUGCUGCAGCUGGUGCGCGCCGCGCUGCACAACAAGAAGGCCGCGCACGCCGUAGCGCGAGCUCGGUCCGCGCGGCGCGAGGAGGCGGGCGAGCGACGGGGGGCCGGGGGGUGGGGGGCGGCCAACCUCCGCACUCUCGCUGAUCCUUCCUCUACUUAUAGGAAUGCAAAAUUUGGCGCACAUGGAGAACCGGCCCAUGAUUCUCAUAGGCGGGUAGGUGACUUAACCUCGAGAGACGGGCGCGCGUUCAAAGUACAGGGGGUCGGGGGGAGCGGCCGGCUACAGGCGCGCGCUUACUGCACCGGGGGGUCGCGGGGGUCCGGGGGGUCCGAGCCGCCCGCCCGCCUCUCGCACCUGGACGCGCAGGGCCGCGCCCGCAUGGUGGACGUCAGCUCCAAGCCGCCCACGCAGCGCGCCGCCGCCGCCGAGUGCGAGCUGCGCGUCGGCGGCCGCCUGCUGCGCCUGCUCCGGGACGCCGCCAUGCCCAAGGGAGACGCGCUCACCGUUGCCGAAAUCGCGGGAGUGCUGGGCGCAAAGCGCACGUCCGAUCUGAUCCCGCUCUGCCACCCGCUGGCGCUGGAGCUGGUGCGCGUGCGGGUGUCGCUGCCCGGCGGGGAGUGCGCGGCGGGGGGCGCGGUGCGGGUGCGCUGCGAGGUGGGGGCGGAGGGCCGCACGGGGGUGGAGAUGGAGGCGCUGGUGGGGGCGGCGGUGGCCGCGCUGGCGCUGUACGACAUGUGCAAGGCGGUGGACAAGCACAUGUCGGUGUCGGAGCUGCGCGUGGUGCACAAGUCGGGCGGGUCGACCCCGCGCGCCCGCUCGCCCCCGCCGCCCCUGCGCGCCCCCGACACGACCCCGCUCGACCCCAAGGAGACCUACGCGCCCACCGACCUCGCACACUUCUAACUGGUCACCACAAACCUGUGACUAGUGGGUAGUGCCGCGGCGCGGUAACGCUGUGCCCUCGCUCCUCUUCCUCGUGCUUUACUUCGUGGUUAUGAAUUUAGCUUUUAAGGUAAUGGUGCUAUUGUAUAAUAUUAACCAAGAACAAAAUUAACUACUGGAUGUUAAUAAAAAACAACGUUAAGUCUUCAAA